GUAGCAUAGUGGACAGUAAAGAUGGAUUCAAGUCCCACCUGCUCCAAGGUAUUGGUUCCUCCUGGUUAUGGACAAGAUGUGAGAGCUUGGCCUAUGGGUGUCCCAUUGCCGCCAGCAUUAACUACAGUAAAAACUCCAGAGCAUUCAAAACAUCCUACUCAAACUGAAACAGUCCGAACUAGAGCACCAAGCCCUCGAAGGUUGGCAAGUGGUGGUCCCGCAAUGGAUGCUAGGUUCCAUCUUCCUCCGAGAAUCCAUCGCUCUUCUGACCCUGGACUUCCAAAUGGUACAUUUUCUUUGCUCUUUGGAUGUGAUUUAACAUCAUCAUCUGCAGUUCAGCUUUGAAUCAAUUGUUGGUGCAUUGGUCUGUAACAACAAUAGAUGGCUUGAUUUUUUUUUGUUCUAAAUUAAA